ACUUCGACAAGCUUAUGCUUCCCUGUAACAGGCUGCGUGUGAACAUAUCCGAAACUGCGAAUAACCAGCUUACUAUCCCACCUUCCGUAAUUUCUUCAAAUAUUCACAACCUCUGUUCGGCAUCCUGAUCUUUUUCUUACCCACUACGCCCAUCCCGCCCAUGAUCUCGGCAGAAAACUGCACUGCACUCCACGGCUUCCCGCCCAUGUUUGAAGACCAAUACUUGCAGCUCACUAUUGUGCUUCAGCUCGGGAUUAGCAUGUACGGCCUCGGAGAGGUCCGCACGAGCAGCGGCUUUCGCAGAGACAUCGGCACUGGCGGCGUUGGGACGAUCUAUACGAUCUAUGGUUCAUAUUCAAUCUACUCCGAACACCGCUACAACGCCAGUAUCAGGCACUCGCAGACGCGCGGUAUCUUCCUCUUCAACUCCGCCAGUCCUGACAUCCUCCUUCUGAUCCAGACCUUCUCGUCCGUUUUGCUCAUCGAGUACCGCCUGAUCAGGGCACCUUGACCUCUACUUCUUCGGCUCGAGCCCGCAGGAGUUCAUCGAGCAGUACAACCCGCCGACGUGGCAGCAGGCGUAGGGCUUCGGCUUCCACAUGUGCCGCUGAGUCUACUCCAGCCUGAACAAGACGGGCGAACAGGGGCGGCGCAUGCGCGAUGCGGACAUCCCGCUCGAAGGU